AUGACGAGCUUUCAUGUCUCUGUGCCUCGAUUGGGAGGAGAGAAACCUCUGUUGACAGACUACUCGAGGUUCAAGGCUGACAUUGGGAGUGCCAAACGAGGAAAAGAGAGCCGACCCAGUCAACCUCCCCGUCAUCAUCGCAGCACGGUCGGUGGUUGCUCGAACACUGUCUUCUGUAAUCAUCAUGGCAGUGUCUGUGGUGGUGGUGCUAGUAUCUGUCCCAACGGCAACAGCAGCAGUGUGGUGUGUGGACCCGUUGGAAAUCGGACGAGCAUUCACAAGCUGGAAGAAGAAAUGCAACGGAUUUUGGUCCAAGUGGCGUUUGAACAGUCUGGUCAUGACUAUACCGUGACUACUACCGGCACCGCUGACCUCUUCAAUGAGUCUGAUUCUGAUAGUAGUGAUAGUGAGGAUGAUGAAGAAGACGGUGAAGUGGAGGACAUGAACAUGUCUUUGUCUUACUCCAGACCAGUCAGAACUUAUGGAAAUCAAUCCAUGCCCAUGUUGGGUCUGCAAGACUUUUCUCCUGUGCUGGCUCCACCUAGUCCCACUCCUAGGAGAUUGUCCAAUCAGUUCUCUCUCAACCUCACUACAGCAACUACAGCCAAUGCUAUCAAUACUUCAAGUAUACCCAACCUAAGUGCCAUGAACAGCCAGACCAACCCCAACUCGAUCCCCACUGCCAAAGUGGAAAACCACACUUCGGCACCAGCCCUCUUUUACAAGCACAAGAACAGCAACAAGUCCAGUUCUGUUCCUUCUCUCACGGACUACAUGGAAACCUUUGCGGAAGAUCAGCGCAGAGUCAAGAGUCGGCUUCAUGGCACACGCUGUGCUACAGAAGAUUUGCGACAGGAACUCUACCGCAUGGUGCUUCCACCCAGACGCCGCCAGAAAACACUGCCACCCCGCAGCAAGACGUGGGAUGAAAAGCUACGUCCUCCAAAGACACACCCAUUCAAGCCAGAUACUACCAUUCCAACCUCAACCAUUCCAACCACAGCACAAACUCAAGCCCGUCGAAGAAGUACCAUUCGCAAGAGCAAAUCCGUGGAUCCCGAUGCCAUGAUGACGUCAAUCCCCAUGCGACGACGAACCAUCAGCACUACAAAACAACAAACCGAAAUGAUGGACAAUUCCAUGCCGGCAUCCAUGUCCAUGCGACGACGAAGCAUCGCGAAACAGCAACAACAAAAUGAAAUGAUGGAUAAUUCCAUGCCGGCAUCCCUGCCCAUGCGACGACGAAGCCUUAGCAGUACGAAACAACUGCAACAAAAGGAAAUGAUGGACCACUCCAUGACGGCAUCCCUCCCCAUUCGACGACGCAGCAUUAGCAGCUCGAAACUUCAAGACGAGAUGAUGGACGGUUCCACCACCAAACAUCAAGAUCGAGACGACAUUUUACAACAACUGGCCACGCGACAGAAUAAACGCUCUACGAUUCGCAAGAGCAAGUCCAGCAUUGACGACGAUGCCAGUCCCAAUCUACCACCACCUUGCAUGGCACGACGCUUUCGACGACACCGAAAGAACAACAAUAGUGGCAAUAAUCUACAACAUUUGCACAACUCGACCGGACAGAUACUCUAUGACUUUCAUAGUGACAUUCUCGGAACGACCUGCAACAAGAACAGCACAUUCAAUAACAAUAACGAAACAGCAAGUCGACGGGCGCCCAUCAAGUACAGCAAAUCUUUUGACAGCAGUCGCAUCACCAACAGUGGUACCAGUACUAGCAGUCCUCGAACGCUCAACACGACGGCAGCGGUGGCACCCAAGAAAAAGAACUCUUGCUGA